CACAUGGCAUCGCCAGCAACGAUGGUGAGAUAUGACAUUGGCCGUUCAGGUUAGUUGCGGAUGUCAUGUGUCCGUGUACCCCGAUCAGAAACGGGGGAACAGCCUGUGCCGAUCUGAUGAGGCAUUGUGCGAGGGUAAGGAAUAUGAGGAUUUUUGCGCCAAAUACGACGCAAUAAGUGAGGCUAACGAGACGUUCAAGGAUGCCGCAAGAAGGGGCGACGAGGAGGCUGUCACUCAGUUGAUGAACACUCACGGCGUGGACUUCGUGGAGGUCCAUUGGAGCGUGAAGAAGACAGCAAAUGAACUCAGUGAAUGUUUGUGCGUUCUCAUUUCUGCAGCGGGAACUCUUCCUUGAAGCUGCACUUCAGGGCCACGUGGGCAUCAUGUCUGUCAUGUAUAAGAGCAAACCUGACGUACUGCUGCAAACAAACAAGGUACCAACAAAGACAAACCAUCUUGUGUGCUGCGACUGCUGCUGAUGAGAAGAUGUGUUGGCUUGAUGGAAUGCAGACUGGUGAGACUGCCAUGCACUUGGCUGCCUACCAUGGCCAUCUUGCGGCGGUCGAUCAGCUGCUGGAGUGGGAUCCCAAACUGAUCGAUGCACGCGGCGCGGUAACAAAGCACACACAUGUGUCUGAGCGACGAGGAUGGUACUGGUAUGUGCUUGUCGCAUGAUUGAGAUGGUCCAUUGACGCAUGAUGAGCGACCGCCGCUGUUGUGCUAUGUGUCAACGCAUUUUCCCCCGUCUGACGCCUGAGCGUGUCGAUGGUGUGAUUGCAGGAUGGCUGGACGCCGUUCAUGAGGGCUGCCGAGGAAGGUCAUGUGGAUGUGAUGGAGUUUUUGUAUGCCAAAGGAGGGGUCUCUGUUCUGACGCAACAGGCUAAUGUGAGACACAGUCGAGCGGACAAUGUGUCUCUCAUCUGAUUGAUUGCCUUUCCCUCUGUGGAUGACACACACACAGCCCGGAACCACGGCACUCCAUAAGGCUGUAAACUGGGGCAAAUCUGCAGCGGUGUCUCAGAUGUGAGCGACACUGAUGAAUGACUGACGCGAACAUCUCAUCCACACACAUUCUCUCUGCGUCGCUGGCUGGACAGGCUCGAGUGGGGCGGCGGUGCUCUGCUGGACAUCAAGGACAAUGACGUGAGUGCACACAGAUGUGGUUCACACCAUCAUCGAUGGUCGAGUGGUGUGCUCAUCGUAUCUCAUGACGACAGGGGGACACGCCGUGGGACUAUGCGGAGGACAAGCCGGAGAUCAGAGAGACCAUGAAGAAGUACAAGCAGCCUGUAAGGGAGUGACUUACACGCCCAGACACACGGAGCAACACACGCAAUGAGGGGCCAUCGGAUGUGUGUGGGCAUCCUUGACCAAUGUCAGGCCGAUGACAUCUUCGACGCCGUGAAGCCGGCGAUGAGGAAGCCGUUUGUAUGUUCAUCAACAAAAGAGGAAAUGAGAUCCUCAAUUAUUCGGGGAAAUGCAAAAAAAACGUCUUCGGGGUAUGCAAUCGUGAGGACGACAGAAAUGCACUUCAGUGGUCUGUGUGUUUUGCGCAGCGGACACCCUUCCUUUGGGCUGCAUUCUAUGGUCACGUGGGCAUCAUGUCUGUCAUGUAUAAGAGCAAACCCGACGUACUGCAGCAAACAGACGGGGUACCGACACAGCUAAACCAUCUUGUGUCCUGCUCGUGAUGAGAUGCAUUUGCUUUGAUUGAAAUGCAGGUCCUUGGUGAGACUGCCAUGCAUGCGGCUGCCGAGAAGGGCCAUCUUGCGGCUGUCAAUCAGCUGCUGGAGUGGGAUCCCAAACUGAUCGAUGCACGCAGCAAUGUAAGGGAGCACACACAUGUCUCUGGCGCCUCUUUUAUGAGGACUGCAUGGGGGUGUGUGUUGAUUUUACAGUCCGGCAAGACGCCAUUCGUCGGGGCUGCCGAGAAAGGGCAUGUGGAUGUGAUGACUGCCAUGAUUGACAAAGGAGGGCACAAGCAGGACCUACUCACACAGAAGGACAAAGUGAGAGACGCAGGAAGACAAAGUGUCUCUGAUCUGUUUGAAUGCCUUUCCCUGUGUGGAUGCCACACACGCCAGGACGGCUGGACGGCACUCCAUUAUGCUGCAUCUGGGGGCUGCUCUGCAGCGGUGUCUCAGCUGUGAGCGACACUGAUGAAUGACUGACGCGAACAUCUCAUCCACACACAUUCUUCUGCGUUGCUGGCUGGACAGGCUCGAGUGGGGCGGCGGUGCUCUGCUGAACAUCAAGGACAAUGACGUGAGUGCACACAGAUGUGGUUCACACCACCAUCGAUGGUUGAGUGAUCUGCUCAUCGUAUCUCAUGACGACAGGGGGACACGCCGUGGGACAAGGCGAAAAACCAGCCGGAGAUCAGAGAGAUCAUGAAGAAGUACAAGCCUAUGUGUCGGUCUCGCUGCAUGAUUAUGUGAGUCAGAGUCUGUCGGUUACUCGCGUAUUGUGAGUGUGUGAUCUGACAGUAGGCUUCGACUGAUAAUGUGUCGUCAUAAACCGAGGCUGUCACUUGCAUGUAUUCAUGGAAAUGACUCUCUGUCUCUCUCACAGUGAAAGAACUGCUACGGCG